GGAUGUAAUGAUUUCGAUGGGAAGAAAUAAUAUUCAGCAUCGAAGGAAUAACAACUGAAAUCAUCCCGUCCUGCAGCAUGCACCUAUGUGAAUGUGGAGAAUGACCAGCAAUGUCCAAGUUGAACAUUCCACCCUUUGUGCCUGCCCGGACUGUGCUGGAAGGCCUCGAGUCAGAGGAUGCGUGUGAAGACAAGAAAGCUGUAAAAAAGGAGAUCCAUAGCAAAAAGGGAGCCAAAAAGGACAAAAUGGAAGAGGAGAAUACAGACCUGCUCAGACUUUGCCACACAGUACCGCUGGAGGUGGUGAACUUAGGUGGGAAAGGUUACGAUCCAGAGAAGAAAGACUACUCAGGUUUUGAGGCCUGGUUGCAGUGUUACUAUGUGGAUGGAAUGAAGUCUGUACGCGACCACAAUGGCAGGACUAUGUGGUUCAAAGGCGAUCCAGGUCCUAUGGCUCCUAAAGAAUCAAAGUCUCCAAAGGCCAAAAAGAGAAAAGAUACAGAUGCAGACCAUGAUUACCCCCGCAAGAAAAAGGUGUCCAGGAAACACAACUCUGACAGCACAGUGAAGAAAAAAGCAGCCAAAAAGCCCACAAAAGCAGCAAAGGAAGAAGAAAAUGGACCUCAAGAAGAAGCCACACCCAGAAGAAGAUCAGCAAACACACCUCAGCAAGAACCGAAUCCACGUCAGGCAGGAGGAAAAAGAACAAUACAGAGCCAGCUGCAGGCUUCAAGACACGUAGCGGGAGACUGACAAGACAGAAUGUCAAGUAAAGGACAUCUAUUGGAAAAUACUGUUUUUAUUCCAUGAUACAUAUUUUUAAUAAACAUUCCACACGUUUA